CUGUUUUGUUUCGUUCAAGGAAAAAAAAAUCAGUUACUAGUACAAAAGAAGAGAAAAAAUAAGCCCUUUGAUUUCUGCUUCAUCUCUCGGAUUUUCGAUCUCCCAAGCUUCUGGAUUGGGGUUUCCGUUCAUCCUUUGUGAUUCAUCCUAACAGGUGGCAAAUACUCGACCAAAAAUCCAAAAGUGUCGUUCUCCGGUCCCAAGGCUUGUUGAAGGGUUACUGCUUGGUCGUUUAAUGAAAUUUUGCAUGCUGAGUUGAUAAUUUGUUCAAAUGUCAAGCUUACUUAAUUCCUCUAUAAACGGAUCUGCCUCAAAUUUAUCAGAUGGUUCUGGAAGAUCUUUUAGUUCUUCUUUCUCUGGUCAGUCUGGAGCAGCAUCUCCAGUUUUCCAUCAUGCCGGAACUAUUCAGAGCCUUCAUAACAUGCAUGGAAAUUUUAACGUUCCCAACAUGGCGGGAACCCUUGGGUCAAGAAAUUCGGGUCUAAAUAGCGUUCCUUCUGCUGGGAUUCAACAACCGAAUGGUAAUCUUUCAAAUGGGAGGUUUGCGUCAAAUAAUAUUCCAGUCGCCAUUGCUCAGUUAUCUCAUGGUAGCUCUCACGGGCACUCAGGAGUCGCUAGUAGAGGAACUAUAAACGGUAUAGGAAACCUUGGAUUCAGUAGUAACACUAAUGGAGUUGGUGGUUCCAUUCCUGGGAUUCUUCCUACCUCUGCAGCCAUUGGUAAUCGGAAUACUGUGCCAGGAUUGGGAGUUUCCCCAAUUUUGGGAAAUGCAGGUUCUCGGAUAGUUAGUUCUAUGGGAAACAUGGUCGGCGGGGGCAACGUGGGCAGGACUUUAAGCUCUGGUGGAGGGUUAUCUGUGCCUGGUAUCGGUUCCCGACUAAAUCUGACAGCGAACAGUGGAUCUGGAAAUUUAGGACAAAAUCGAAUCUUGGGUGGAGUACUUCCGCAAGGAUCUUCUCAGGUUAUUUCCAUGCUGGGAAAUUCCUAUCCCAUAGCUGGUGGCCCACUUUCCCAAAAUCAUAUUCAAGCAAUGAACAAUCUGAGCUCCAUGGGGAUGCUGAAUGAUAUGAACUCUAAUGAGAAUUCUCCGUUUGAUAUAAAUAAUGAUUUUCCUCAGCUGACGAGUCGCCCCAACUCUGCUGGUGGUCCUCAAGGACAAUUGGGGUCUCGAUUGAAACAAGGCCUUGGAGUCAGUCCCAUCGUUCAACAAAAUCAAGAGUUCAGCAUCCAAAAUGAAGAUUUUCCGGCAUUACCAGGAUAUAAAGGUCCCCUGGUUCAUCUGCAAUUAUUUCCGUUUUCUACAGGCAGUAAUGCUGAUUAUCCAAUGGAUUUGCAUCAGAAAGAACAACUCCAUGAUAAUUCUAUUUCAAUGAUGCAAUCUCAACAUUUAUCCAUGGGAAGAUCUGCUGGUUUUAACUUAGGACUAUAUUCAUCUCAUCGUCAGCAGCAGCAGCAACAACAACAGCAACAUGCUCAAGCUGUCAGUAGCGGUAGUGUCUCCUUACAUGGCUCUGACAUGUUCUCAUCUUCACAUCCGGCAUACCACUCACAGACUGGUGGACAUCCGGGAAUUGGACUAAGACCUAUGAAUUCUCCAAACUCUGUCUCUGGGAUGGGUUAUGACCAGCUUAUCCAGCAAUACCAACAACACCAGAACCCAUCCCAGUUCCGGUUGCAGCAAAUGUCAGCAGUUAGCCAACCAUUCAGAGAUCAUGGAAUGAAAUCGAUGCAGUCAAAUCCUGAUCGGUUUGGCUUGCUUGGUUUGCUUAGUGUGAUUAAGAUCAGUGAUCCUGACUUGACAUCUCUAGCACUUGGGAUUGACCUGACAACGUUGGGCUUAAAUUUGAACUCGACGGAAAAUCUUCACAAGACAUUCGGUUCCCCAUGGUCCAAUGAACCCGCCAAGGGGGAUCCAGAAUUCAGUGUACCGCCUUGUUACUAUGCGAAAAAUCCUCCGCCGCUACAUCUAGGGUACUUUGCGAAAUUCUCGGUAGAAACAUUGUUUUACAUAUUCUACAGCAUGCCGAAAGACGAAGCACAAUUAUACGCGGCUAAUGAACUUUAUAACAGAGGUUGGUUCUACCAUAAGGAACACAAGUCAUGGUUCAUCAGAAUCGGAGAGCCUCUCGUCAAAACAAACACUUACGAACGAGGAUCUUAUCACUGCUUCGAUCCAAACUCAUUUGAAGUCAUCCGUAAGGAAAAUUUUGUUCUUCAUUACGAGAUGUUGGAAAAGAGACCGCUGCUGCCGCAACAUUGAGUAACUCAUCUUUCCUUUUUUUUUUAAAAAAAAAAAUCCCGUUAUUUAUAAUGUAAAUCUCCUAUCGUGUAACUCAAAUCGAUUAGGAAUCCAUAGAACAAAAACCAAAUUCCCAGCAUGUAUUCUUCUUUUGGAAUUUAGCAUUUCUCUUCGAUCAUAUGUAUCCCCCAACUUUUCCGAGCCAUUGUUUAGAUCAAUUCAUGUCUAUUCCCUUUAGAAA